ACUUCUGUAGUAAACAGAGUGGGAUUUGGCAUUCAGCCCGCAUGCCUUGUGUGCCAUUGUGUGUUUUUGGCGCGCUGUAGCCGGUGCUGUGUGUGUGAGUGUGUGUGAGUGUGUGUAUAUGCAUGCAUGCAUGUGUGUGUGUGGAGGGACUCGUGUGGAGGGUUGUUGCCUUUGAGAGCAUCGAAGAAGACCUCUGUGGGUGACGUUUGUGCCGCAGGUUUAAACAGCAAUAAUAACAUCAGACCCAGUUGGCUUGCUUUGAAAUAGGAGCAUAGAGGGAUCCUUUCCCUUCCUCACUCAGUCACUCUGUUACUUGUGAGUGGAAAAGAAGGCAUUUGAAGCAGCCAUGGGAAAGAAGAAUCAGAACCGUGAAGAUGACGAGUCUGCGUCCACAGACGAAGAGGAAUACGUGGUGGAGAAGGUCUUGGACAGGAGGGUAGUAAAGGGCCGAGUGGAGUACUAUCUUAAAUGGAAAGGUUUUUCAGACAAACACAACACAUGGGAGCCAGAGAAAAAUCUCGACUGUCCAGAUCUCAUCGCCGAGUUCAUGAAGACAUACAAAAAGGGCGGCAGCGGUACAAGCACUCCAAGCAGCGGGACCAAACCAUCCAGUGCAACUCCCACUCGCGCCAAAGACGCCGGCAACAAGAGGAGAAACUCAGACGAAGAAGAGGAGGGCGGCAGUAAGCAGAAGCGGAAAAAAGAGGAUGAGAUCCUAGUUGCUAGAGGCUUCGAGAGAGGCCUGGAGCCAGAGAAGAUCAUUGGUGCAACCGACUCUUGUGGGGACCUUAUGUUCUUAAUGAAGUGGAAAGACUCGGACGAGGCGGACCUUGUGCUUGCAAAGGAGGCCAAUCACAAGUGUCCCCAGAUCGUCAUUGCUUUCUACGAAGAGCGUCUCACUUGGCAUGAGGAUGGAGAGAAGAAGGAGAAGGGUGCUGCAGCUGUGUAAGGGUACAAUCCCCUCCUAGAGACAGACACGAGUGCACUCACAAUCCGUCCUUUGUUAUGGACCAUUUUAAAACCACCACUGGCCUCCUGGCAUUAGAGGUCACUUCCCACCUUCUUUAGUCUCCUUUCAUCUCCCAUAUAAACGGCAACUCUUUAUCAAUGUCUCAAGUAUUGAGGGAUGAGCGAGUAAUUGAGAACUAUGCCAAGAGCUUGGGAAAUGGAGAUGUUAGACUGAUGGAAUCACAUGGAUAGUGUUUUUACCCUGUUAUUCUUGCAGAGCUUCACCCUCUUUUUCAUGUUUCAAGUAUUUGUGUCCCAAUGUUUUUCUUUUUUUUUUUCUUCCCUGUGUGUGUUGACUCGAUAGUUUAGAUUCCAUACAGCAGUUGGUGAAAUAUAUUGAGACAGCUGAUAUUUUUUUAAGUGUUUUAUCAGAGAGUGUUAUGUAUCUGCAGUGCUGGAUUAGUCAUACCAGUGGUUUUUUUUUUUUUAUUUUUUUUUUUACAUUUUUUUUUCCCUCCAGAUUAGAUGACCUUUCUGGUGUAUUCCUCACAUCAGUGAUAAUUGUCUCUCUGUCCUGAGAAUGUAGGACUACCUUGAUUAUGAAUUUCAAAAUCUGGAAUCUGUUUACUAGACAUGAAGCAUUUAUCCAUUUUUUAAAAUUUUUUUUUUUUUUUUUUUUUUACAAAGCAAAUUUCUUCCCAAACAUAGAAAUCUGAACAUGCCCAGGUUUUAAACAAUGUGCUUCUCGCAGCUGCUUAUGCUCAAACCAAUGUAUGGGGACAGACAAUCAUCACUUUUGUUAAUGCCUGUGUUUUGCUUUGAGCUUGUGAGGGCAUGCAUCUGUGAUGUUCAUAAGUGCUCCACCUUGUGGCCAUUUGCUGAGCAUUUACUUUUACGGAGGCCAAUAGUUUCAACCGCAAAGGGCUGUUGUGGCUAAAGACUUUAAUUCCAGCCACAUAGAAGUCACACCUAAUAGUCACUUAAAGAACAAGUGAAACUGGUUGUGGCCUGUGUUUGGAGUGAAAACCUGUAGCCACACCGGGCUUUUGUGGAUAAAAUUGAAAGACCCCUAACAUAGGCUGUGACCAUGUUACUACCGCUUCUGUCCCCACCAAGGUUCAAUUCUCAGUUUUAAACAGGAAGUGAAUCAAAGCUGAACCUGUUCUUAAUGAGGUUAUGAGCUCAGGUGUGUAAUUCUGUGUUUGUAGAGCCACUGGACAAAUAAUUUUAACCCAAUAAACUUCCUGACUUUCAUUAACAUGACCGAGCUACUGAUUCUGAUUAAAAAAAGUCGAACCGUACAUCAUGGAGAAUGUAAUCAGAUGAAAAGAACUGACACUUGUUUUUCAAUUUUCAUUUUCUUAGCUUUUCUUCUUUUAUGUCUCUGAAGCAGGCGGUAGCCCCUUUAAAACUCACAGAUGGGUCAUGUUUAGACAACAAGGUGAAAUGUUGUGAACAGACUUCAUCAGAUGUGCUAUGGACUGCUCUGAUUAGAUACUGUAAUGACCGUGUGUCUGUGUGUGUGUGUAGUUUAAGUCCCAAUUAGAGAAGUCUGUUUUAUUUUUCUUUUCAGAUUUCUGGAGGGAAAUGACUAUUGCCUACCUGUCAAUGCAUUUGUCUAUAUAUCACUUUCAAAUGUACGGCCUGACUUUUUGUUCUCUUUAUCUCAUGUUAUGGAAGUACCCUCCCAUUUCUGAUCAUUUCAUCACAUAUUCAUGUGUUUUCAGAAUAAGAUUUUGAUGUCUUUUACCUAUAGAUUUUUUAAUGUCUUGUAUCAAAUUGUAGUAAACAUAGUUUUCCACACGAA